UUUUCGAAAAAUAUUUCAAACUAAAACGGUUACAUCUGUAUUCUGUUUUUUCAAUUAAAUUCAAAAUAUUUGUAAUUCUCCUUUUAAUCGACAGAUGGCGAGUGCACAGGAAGACAACACAUUAAGUUCAAUACAUUCAAUGUUGAAACAUUCGAAUAUCAUUGUUUUGUUACCGAAAUAUUUUUAAUAAAGACAUAUAUUAACGAGAGAAUAUUGGUUUAUAAAAAUGACAACUAUUACAAUAUCAGCAGUUCGAACGCGAACAAGCAUCCUUGAUAAAUCACUGAGUAAAGGGAAAGGAGAGGUUAGCCUUAGUUGUUUUGCACUUUUGUUCUCAGAACUUGUACAGUACUGUCAGAAUCGAGUUUACACCGUACCAGAAUUACAAAACAAAUUAGCAGAAAUAGGCUCGGAGGUUGGGCAUAGAAUAACAGACCUUUUAGUUAUUCGAGAAAAAGGAGGAAAGCGCGAGAUCAAAUUAUUGAACAUUUUAUUGUUCAUCAAAAGCACGGUCUGGAAGUCUUUAUUUGGUCGCGAGGCUGACAAAUUGGAACACGCAAACGACGACGAGCGUACCUACUACAUUAUAGAGAAAGAAGCAUUAGUGAAUAAGUUUAUAUCAGUACCGAAAGAUAAAGGAAGUCUCAAUUGUGCUUCUUUUAUUGCUGGGAUAGUUGAAGCUAUUCUUUGCGAUUGCGGUUUUCCAGCAAAGGUAACAGCGCAUUGGCAUAAAGGAACAACAUAUAUGGUUAAAUUUGAUGAUGCAGUUGUUGCUCGUGACAAGCAAUUAGAAGAUCGGUAAAUAUAGGUAAGAAAGAAGAAGGAUUGUUAUGAUGUAUUCAUUCUACAUGAAUAUAAAAAAAGCAAAGAAAAUGUGUCCAAUGAAUUUAGAAAAAAUUCAUUAUAAUUGUUUUAGUUGUUAGUAAUGUAGUCUUGUUACUUAAACCAAAUUAAACAUUUUAUAAGUUCUACCGAUACAUUUACUACGCAUCAAAUUUACUUUAAAUAUCUCGAUUAUAACAUUGAUAGUUACAAUAAAACUAUACACAACUUGGAUUUGUAGAAUAACAAUUUUAUUGCAUGUAUUUUUCUAGAUACAUACUACGAUAAACGAUUUAUUCUACAUUUAUUAUUAUUAUAUUCUAAAUUUAUAAACCACAUCAGCAUAUUUCGUUUGCCCGGUCCACAAUUUCUUUCUUGUCUCAUCCUGUAACAAUCAAUUUUUUUUAAUCUUAUACUAUACAUGUCGUUUAAUGUUGUUAUUAAGAGACGAACAAAUUACCUGCUCUUGCACUAUUGUAUUACGAGUAGCCCACAUGGUAAACAUCAGCAGUAAUGUACCAAUUGUAAAAUUUCUUAGAUUUAUUCUAUCAAGUAAAUGAUAGUAUUGUCUCACGUAACUAUAUCUAUGUAUCCCUGGGUCCAUCUGUAUAUUCAAGACAUAACAUUAUUAUGUGUAACGAUAUUCCAAUUGUUAACCAUUAUUUAUGAAACAAACUGGUAUGCGCCAUUAAUAAAAAAUACAAAAAAUUAA